UGUUUUAGAGGAGGAGGCUCUGCUCCUUCUCCUCUCCUCCGUCUCCAUGAUGGUUCUGUUUGCCACGGUUUCAACUUUGACCCUUGCCGUAUUUUUUAUUUCCUUUUUUUUUUUUUUUUAACUACGGCAAGCCCGAGCAGUCAAUCCAGCCGUUAGCGCCCGAGUCAGGCGGCGUGUUUCCUUUCGCCGGGGUGUUUGACACAUGUAGCUUCGUCUUCUGUUUGUUUUGGAGGAUGGCUGCGGAAAGACAAAGCUCACUGACUGAGACUGCAGCGAUGGCUCUGGAGCAGCUGAGUGAUGUGGUCCAGAGAUGUCAAGUUCUCUCCGACGACGGCUACGCAGCUGAGGACCAUGACGUCUUCACGAUUGCUGGGCGGACCUGCAUCGAGGAGGGAAACAGUGUGCAGGUCCUCAGCAUUGUCCUGGAUGAACAGAAUCAGGACAUAGUGAGAAGUAUGGGUUGGAAUCUGUUGCCUCCGCUGAUUCAGGUUUUGCUCAAGAAAGAAGACAAGAACCUUCCUCAGUGCCUAGCCAUUUUCAACCACCUACUAGAGACUUGCAGGCCCAAGGAGCUGCUGAUUGGCCUGUUGGAGCAGCUGGAGCAGGAUGACCCUGACCCCAUAGCAGAAAGUCUCCAUCUGCUGUUGAACCCACUGCAGAAAGUGCUGCUGCGUCUGGGCAGCCGCAAGGCCUCGUCCUUGGGCAUGACGCUGUCCUCGGUGCUGGACCAGGUGGCCAAACUGCCUCUACCUCAUACCAAGGAGCAAGAGGAGGACGACGUCUUCUCACUUUGUCGCAGCUGCACCGAGCUGACAGCAUUUGUCAGGCCCUUUGUCCACGAGGUCAGGCUAAACCUCUUCAACAGCGAAGAGCAGAGCGGGAGCACGAACAAGAUGGUGAUUGGACCCGACACCGAUAAAGAGAACGAACUGCGGACCGAGCUGCUGAAGUUCUGUAUGCAGACUCUGACUCGCCCUUUGUUGGAGGCUCAACUCAAGGAUCCUGACACUCUGCCUGUGUCGCCUCUCAGGAAUUUUGCCACAGAGAUUCUGAACACCCUCAGUGCCAUCGGACAGUCGCUGAGCAGUCUCGUGUUCCAGCCUCUGCUGAAGAGAAAACAGGCUCCGGGCUUCCUGGAGGAGGAGGUGCGUUAUCCUAAGGAGUCUUUGGCCAACCUGGCUCACCUGGUGUUCGUCCAUCACCUGGCGGCAGAUAUGUUCCCCAGUGUUUUCAGUCCUGUGUUCUGUCUCCGGUGUAACAUGGAGCACAUCUGCCUCCUCUUGUCCAGAACUGAGGAGAUCAGGAUUCAGAAAGGACUGGAGCUGUAUGAGAAGAGUCUGGUGCGGGUCGUGGACGGCAGUCUGCCAGCCGAUCUGCUGCAGAUCAAAACCUUCCUCACAGUCCCUCAGAACUUGGUCAAAGUUAUGACGAUGUGUCAAAGGCAUGAUUUGAGAACAAAAGGUCUGAAGGUGUUGCAGCUGAGCAUUGAUAAAUUUGACACUGGAGCAAAGUAUUAUUUUUUCCAGUACAUGCUGAAGACAAGUCGUCACUCGGGAGUCGAAGGCUACAUCAUCAAAAACAUUAGGAAUCAGAUAGAUGUCGCCCUGCAGCCAGGGAACAGUAACACCUGGUUUCAGGGCGUUCACCUGCUCCCUCUGCUGCGUAAGGUUCUCAUUCUCCCAGACGGCCCAGAGACCGACCUCCUGCAGUACCUAGACAGAGUUAUGGAGUCUCUGAACCUCCUGCGUUACCUGGUCAUCAGAGACAAAGUGACAGAGAACCAGACAGGGAUCUGGACUGAGCUGUAUAAAGUAGAGGACACGUUCAUGAAGCCUCUGCGUGUUGGGCUGAACAUGUCGAGAGCCCACUACGAGCGGGAGCUGCAUGACACUGUGGAGACCAAGAAGAGCAAAGCCAAAGAGGAGUCGAUUCUGUCUGUAGCAGUCGGUGACGAGAAGCUGCCGAACAUGACUUCAGAUUCACAUGUUCAGGCUCUGCACUCUGCCCUGCACACGUUCGACAUGAUCGAGAGCGUGUUGGUGCGGAUCGAGGAACUCGUCGAGGUGAAGGAAAAUCUUUAGACUGAGCUGAAGUUCAACCGCACCACCUCAACCUGUCUCAGGACCUGACAGACAGAAGAAGACAUCAACUGUUCUGUUGGUUUAUUUAAUUCAAGUUAAAGGUGACAUAUUAUGCUCAUAUUCAGGUCCAUACUUUUAAUUUGUGUUACCACUUGAAAAGGUUUACUUGCUCUAAUGUCCUCAUAAUGUCCAUUCCUGCAGCUACUCUUUUUUCCCUCUGUCUAAAACUCCUGUAUUUCUUUUAGCCUCUCUUCCCGAUAAACCCCAGUCUGCUCUGAUUGGCGAGCUGGCCCAGUCUGUUGUGAUUGGUCAACCGAUUUCAAAAUGUCUAGGAAAAACACUCAAGUGUUUGUCUGCUGGGUAUUUAGAGGUUAACUGUGAAAUAUUUCCAACAGUGUCUCAACAACAAACCACAUAAUGGCUGGGAAGUUUGUAUCGCUUUUGUAAUAUGCAAGUCUGUAUUCACACAAAAGGGUUAAAUAAAGUUAUUUACUCUUCA